GAGAGAGAGAGAACACCCUCAAGCUUCUCUCUGACGCAUCGAAGAAGGCGCUGCUUGAUAAGCCGGGCGUGAAACAUCAAAAGUGCAGUCGAAAUGUCGAGGAACGAUGGUAAAAAGGACACUUCGGCGUCCGCAUUUCGGAAGAUUGAUGUGGACCAAUAUAGCGACAACAAUUUUAAAGAAGAAGACGCUGACGGUGGCGUGGGCGCACCCAAUGGCCCGGAUGAGAACGAGAUUCUAACACUUCUUAGCCAGGGAAAGAAUGCGGAGGCAUUGAUAUCGGUAUUAAAAUCUGCACCAUUAGGAUGUAAAAACCAGCAAGUUAAGGACAGUGCUCGAAACUUAACACAGAAGGUGCUUCUAAGUAUAAAGUCAAAUCAAAUAGACGAUUGUUUAGCACAAUUAGAUCGUGACUUAGUAGAUGUUUUAAUGAAGUACAUUUACCGAGGUUUCGAGAUUCCAACAGAAGGUAGCAGUAGUCACUUGUUAAUUUGGCAUGAAAAAGUGUUCAAUAUAAGCGGUGUUGGUUGUAUCGUCCGUGUAUUUUCCGACAGCAAACGGGCUUGAAGUUUUGUACAUUUUACAGUAACAUCUUUAUUGCGAUAAUUACUAUUGAUUCUUACUGUUACUCAUUGUUAAUGUGAUGAGGAUGUAGAUAGGUAAACCAUUCACAUCUUCCAUAUGGGAAAAUAAUUUUCCAUAUGAAAAUAUAACAAAUUUGUGUACAUUUGUUAUCAAUAAAAUAAUUUUUAUUUCUUAUA